AUGGAUAAUUCAAAUCAGCCAAAGAAAAGAAAUCAGCUGGCCUUAGACUACAUCCAUCAACUUAUGAUGUUGGACUGCAAUGCAAGAUACAUAGGGACAAAAUCAAGUGCUGCAGUUUGUGAGGAAAAAUGUUCCACUGUUGAAAGCGGUGAUGAUUUCUUAAAUACUGAGAGUGACGAUACUGAAGAAGAUGAAAACCAAGGCAUUCAUCCAAUGGAUAUUCACAUAGCAGUGUUCCUUUGUGCCGAUGAUUUCCUAAGGCAGUACAUUUGUACAAAACUGGCCAUGUGUCAGUUCGCCUUACCUCUGCUUGUUCCUGACCCCGGCACCGGAGAGGUGGAGUUCCCUCUGUGGGCUCUGAGACAGGUACGGAAAUCCUGGAAAUGCAGGCAGGAAUCAGCUGGUACUGCAGUGCAGCGGUACGAUGACCAGUUAAUGAGCAGCACUCCAGCUCCAAUCAUCUCCUUCAUCAGACUCGGAUCAUCUUCACAGUCCAAAUCGCAAAUCUUGAACAACAUCAUCAGCAAACAGAAGCACGAUGUUUUCUUCCAUCGGCACUGUAGGGGCAGCACCCCCAAUCGCUCGCUCAUGGAUGGGGUUGUGGAGGUUUCCUGGUACCUCCCUGGAGGAAGGAGAGAUGACACUUUUGACAGCUGUGUGGCUUUCAUGAAUCUCCAUGGUGACGCCAGCAAACAUCCCAGGCAGCUGGAGUUUCUACAGGAUGUUAGCACAGUGAAUCUGGUUCUGCUUUCAGAGAAUGGCCUUGAUGAAGAAGCAAAGAGAAUCUCUAAAGCUCUGUUUGACUCACCUGUGCCUCUGAUCUGUCUCUUUUCUGGAAAGGAGAAAGUUCUACCUGGGCCAAACAGAACAAGGGUUAGACUGGCAGUCAAGAACAAGAAUGAAGCUCUUCUAUCUGAUGAAAUUACCCAUCACAUCAAGCGGUGUGUUAAUUAUCAAUUAAAAAAGAACAGAGAACCACAAAAAAACAGUCUAGAAAAAUGCUUAGGCGCUGGAAAAAAACACUUUAAAGUUGAUGAAGAAAAAUAUACAUGCAAACUCGGACACUCACGCGCUCAGGUACUGAUGAACCUACUAGGACAAGAACAAAAUGAACCUCCCAUCGCCAAGAGGACAUGCUUCCCUCUGCAGGCGAAAAGGAAGCAAAUUGGUGAUCCACCAGCCAUUGCAGCUGAAUUGUUAAUUUUGGGAUACCCUCUUGAACUGAUGGAUGGAGAAACUGCUCAUGUACCUCUAGUGUGGAUAAGUUCUGUCCUGGACAAACUGAUCACUCUGCUUGGGGACAAGAAGGUGUUUGUCCUGUCUGUGCUGGGGCUGCAGAGUUCAGGCAAGCCCACCUUGCUGAACACCAUGUUUGGGCUGCAGUUUGCAGCGAGUGCAGGAAGAUGCACCAGGGGAGCUUUCAUGCAGUUACUGACCGUGGAUGCAGAGAUGAGGGAGCAGCUGCAGUAUGACCUCAUCCUGGUGGUGGAUACAGAAGGCCUGAGACCACCAGAGCUCAGCCCUGCAGGCACCCUGACACAUGACAAUGAGCUGGCCACCUUCAUUGUUGGGCUCAGCAACAUGGCUCUAAUCAACAUCAUGGGUGAAAAUACAUGUGAAAUGCAAGACAUUCUGCAGAUUUGUGUUCAGGCUUUCAUGAGGAUGAAAUCUAUUAAGAUGAAACCAAGCUGCAUCUUUGUCCAUCAAAAUAUUGCAGACACAUCUGCACAUGACAAGAAUAAGGAGGGAAAAAGGCGUCUUCUAGAGAACCUGGAUAAAAUGACUCGCACUGCUGCAAAAGAAGAGAAUCGUGAAUUUAGCAGCUUCUCUGACAUAAUACAGUUUGAUGUUGACUCUCAGGUUUUCUACUUCAAAAAUCUCCUGGAGGGAGACCCUCCCAUGGCUCCUCCUAACCUCUCCUACAGCCAGAAUGUGCAGGAGCUGAAGGAGAAGGUUCUCUCCAUAGCACGUUGGCAGAAAGACUGUACACUGCUCUCUCUGUCAGAGUUUAAAAUAAGACUCACUGAUCUCUGGGAUGCCCUGCUGAAGGAGAAUUUUGUGUUCAGUUUCAGAAAUACUUUGGAGAUCAUGGUGUACAACAAGCUUGAGGAAAACUAUGCAAAGUGGUCAUGGAGACUGAGAAAGCAUGCCCUGGAGACUGAGAGCAGACUGCACAACCAAAUAAUGAGCGGUCAACUGCAGAGUGUGGAUAUGGCUGAACUGAAAAGGGAUUUUGAUGGGAUUCACAAAGAACUCAAGGAUGAAAUAGACAGAUAUUUUAAAGAAGAAAAACACAUAGAAAUACUCAUCCAGUGGAGAGCAAACAUUGAUAAAAGAAUGGAAAUGCUGAGGUCUGAACUCACUGAGGAAACAGAGAAUCAGUGCAAGGAAUUACUGAGCAGCAGGAGAAGCAGAGCAGAACUUGACAAAAGGAAGUCAGAAUAUGAGAAGGAUUUACUGACAAGAAGCAAAACUCUGGCAUCUAAGCUACAGGAUAAGAAACUCAGUGAUGAUGAAAUAAGGAAAGAAUUCAACACACUGUGGGUUGCAUGGUCCAGUGAUGUGUCGUCAGAAACACUCCGAAAGCAACCAAUCAAUGUGAAGGCAGUGGUGGAAAAUACCCUCCUGAAGCGCUUUGAGAAGAACACAGACAUAAUCAAUGACAUACUGGAGAAAAGGGAGCAGUUUGAGUUUAAACUGAAUGAACAUGUUAAAUUGUCACAUUACGAGCACAUCAAGGCAAUAGUUUGGUUGAAUGCAAAAGAACACACUGGUAAGAAACUCACACAAAAAAUACAAGAUGAAGUAAACAGAUGCAUCAUGAGAAGAGAAGAGAAAAAAAUGGAUUUCAGUGAAAACUUCAUCUAUGAACUGCUAGAUAAAAUAGAGCAUGAUAUUUCUGUCUGUGAGAAAGAGGAAAAAAUUCAAUUCCAACUGAAAUACAAAGUUGGCAUUUCUGUUCACACAUGCACUAAAGCAAUAGAGAGGUUUGAGAAAAUGCAUGAAAAAUUUCAGAAAGCAAACGAUCCCCUCACAUAUUUCAACAGCCAGAGGGAAGAUUACUUCCAGAUUUUCAAACAGUCUUGUGAAGGUGCAAGUUCAGUUGUAAUUUUUGUGCAUUUACUUUGCAACCAGCUAAAAACAGCAAUGCAACAGGCAUCAUAUGAUAAAUCAAGUGUUCAAAUUGUACAUGAUUUAAAAUCAAACCAUGAAGCCUUCAGUGGUAACAGAUCAAACCUAGAGGAACACAUACUGAAAGACCUUGCUGAGAAGGAGAAUUUUGACCUCUAUAUUGAGUAUAUGGAUCAGCCAGAAAGAUACGUUCAAUUUUUUAUUACAAAGAUUGUUGUAUCAUACAGUGAAGACAGUACAAAUACAGCAAAAAUACUUAAUGACAAUCUGUCUUUGUUGACAGAUGAAAUUGUGAGAACAGUCAACACAGUGACCGAUGCUGUGAUAAGAGAGAAGGGCAAUGUCUCUAUGUGGCUGGAUGAAUUCUGCUCACAGCUUGGAAAUCACAUGGCAAUUUCGAGAGAAGAUGUCAGAAACACAGAGAGAGAAGACAUAACAGACCUGCUGUUUCUCAAAAACACGUUGGUCGAGUCACUUCUUAAAAUGGUGGAAAAUGUAAAGGAGGAAAACAAGAAGAGUCUUAACCUGGGCAUGUUCAGAAAAAGGCCUGAUGAGAUGCUGUUCCAGCAGAUGAGUGGGUGCUGGGAGCAGUGUCCUUUCUGCAAAGCCGUCUGCACCAACACCAUGCCCAACCACGACACAGAUCACUGCGUGGAGUUCCAUCGCCCCAGAGCUUUGGCUGGUAUGUACUACAGUAACACAGAAAAUUUUUGUCUUGACUUUUGCACCUCUGCAGUCAUUAGUGAUGAAGAAUUCAAGCCCCACCCUGAAUCCAAAUGGAUCCCUUUCAAGAAAUACAGAGAAGCAGGACCCCCCUAUGGCUCUUGGAACAUCACUCCAGAUGGCAGUGAGAAAUGCUACUGGAAAUGGUUCAUCUACACUUUCAGAUCAAAGCUGGAAGAGAAAUACAAGCUCAAAUUUAAAGGCAAAGGCAUAAUACCGGGGUCAUGGACCAGAUUUACAAAGCAGGAUGCACUGCAGGAGGUGGAUGGGGGCAUAAAUAACAGGAAGAACAUGAUUGAAUGA